CACUGUUUGACGUUUUCUCAAGCACUUCAGCAUCUACAACUGCAGAAAUGGACCAGAAAACAAAUACUAAAAGCUGGGAGGUGAGAAUUGGUCACUCUCUGAGUGAAGCUGAGAGGCAGCAUUUGGCCAGAAGAAGACAGACUGUUCUACAGUGUCUGAAGCAGCUUGGAAUAUCCUGCAGUGAGGAUGAGGUACCUAACAUCGCAGUGUUGGGCUCUGGUGGGGCUUUGAGAGCCAUGGUUGGACUGCUGGGAUCACUGUGUCAGCUGAAAGAAGAUGGACUGCUGGACUGCAUCAUGUACCUGUGUGGAGUUUCAGGAUCUACCUGGUGCAUGACAUCACUAUACAACAAACCAAACUGGUCCACCAAACUGAAGACUAUAAAAGAUGACAUUGUCCAAAGGCUUGCUGAAGGCACAGUCAGUCAGUCACAGAUGGGUCAAAAACUGGUGAAAUACUAUUCAGAAAAAGAGAACUUCAGCCUGACAGAUGUGUGGGCAGCACUGAUUGUGUCUAAUAUGGUGAAAGAGAUUGAUGAACACAAACUCACAGAGCAGAGGGGUAAAUACACCAAUGAACCGUAUCCCAUUUACACUGUGAUUGACAAGCAGAGUAAAUAUGACAAACUGAAUGCAGAUGUCUGGUUUGAGAUCACUCCAGAUGAGUCAGGUUAUUCUCUCUCUGGAGUCUUUGUGGAUUCCUCCUGUUUGGGAAGUCAGUUUGAGAAUGGAAAGGAAGUUAAGAAGCAGCCUGAGAUUGACAUGCUGUACCUACAAGGCCUGUGUGGCAGUGCCAUCGCAGAUAAGCAGGAGAUAUGUAAGCAGAUCUAUGAGGCACUGAAACGCGUGGUGACAAAAAAAAUAAAAAGCACCCAAGCAGAAUAUGCAUCAGUGCCAGAUGUGCCGGAUGCUGAGCAGGCGCUCUUGGCAUUUGUGGAUCUAAACCUCAGCGUGUUAAAAAAGGAGGAUGCUACAGUUCACUUCCAAACCAUGCAGUACCUACUGAAAGAUGAAGAUGAAACACAACUGAGACCAGAAAAGGCAUCAUUCUCCAUGUCACUGUUAAAAGAUUACACUCUGCAAGCAUACAGCUCUAUCGCUGACAUGUUUAAGAAGCAGGAUAAUGAAGACAGAAUUUGGACUGUCAUUCUGAAAUCCAUGAAGAAAACUGCAGACUGGAUCUGGGGAACAACUUACGACUACCUCUACAGAAUGGAAGUGGAACAUGUCCACGCCAGUGUCCUUCACUCAAAGACAAGAGAAUAUGAAGAUGCUGGACUGUUACUCAACUCACCCUAUUUCUCAGUGCUGAGAAAAGAACGAGACAUCGACCUCAUCAUUUCCCUUGACUACAGUUCAGGAAAUCCCUUUGAGACGGUGGUUCAGACUGCUAAAAGAUGUGAAGACCUUCAGAUUCCUUUCCCUAAAGUUGUUCCACCUCCUGAAAAUACUAUACCACAGGACUUCUAUGUGUUCAAGGGUUCAGGCAAUGCUCCAACUGUGAUUCACAUGCCGCUUUUCAAUGCUAUGAACUGCAGAGGAGAAGUUGAGAAGUGGAAGAAAACAUAUUCCACUUAUCAAAUGAGCUACAGUCGUGAAAUGAUCACAGAUCUUCUGAAGAAAUCUGGAGUAAACAUCAAAAACAACAAGGAGAAACUGCUCAAUGAGAUUAAAAAUGUCAUUAAGGAGAAAAAAACUUCCAAGAAGUAAAACACAUCAAAAAAUGUAAAUGUGACAAAUUGCCCCCUCAGAAUUAUAAGGUUUUAUCUGUGAUCUAAACAGUUUUGAAAUGUUGAGCUUCAAAGAUUUUGCAUUACAAAUAGAAAAACUGAUAUGUGUAACAAGUCUGUGUCAUACAUGGAAAUAACAGACACCCUAAAUAUAUUCUAAAUGUACAAUAUCAUAAUCCUACUUCUCGAACAGGUGAAAUGAGGAUAGAACCUUCUAAUCCUGAGAGCUCACUUUCUGCUUGGAAUUAUAAGGACUAUCUGGCAAAACAUGAAAGGAAGCAAUGAGGAAAACAAGCAGGUUACUCAUCAUUUGUUUAAAAUCUGUUUAAAUUUUAUGACAUUUAUUUCUAUAAUUUAUUUUUCAUGACAUGUAUUUCUUGUUG